AGACCAGUGUACGAAAAUCGUUCGCAAUUACGGACUUAACGAUUUACCCGCGCAGUGUUCGGGGCGCGUCGGUUGAAUGUGAUUGGAAAGCGCGGGUGAUGGCCACCACAUACCUGCCGGUCAGUGGCGGCGGUCCGGGGCCCGGUGAUUUGGACGGCAUGGGAGGCAUGUCAGUCAAUCAGCCGGGCGGCCCGUACCAGCAGCCGUCACCAUCUCCGCGCGGCCAAGAUCAUCCGGCUGGUGAAAUGAAAUACAUGCCUCCAGGACACCAUCAUCACCAUCACCACCAUCAUCAAGUUCCUACGUCUCCGUCGCCGGUAUCGCUGUCGGCAGCGCCUAGUUGGGUGGACCCAUGGGCCGCCACUAUGAGUAUGCACCAUCACCAACACCAUCCUCAUCAUCCACAUCAAGGGCUCGAUAUCAAACCUCCGCCUGACAUGCGAGCUGUGACCGGCGGCGGUGGAAAUGCCCAAUCGUGGCAUUCUGGACCUCCGCCACCCGUGGUAUCUUCUGGUCAUUAUAAUAGCAGUGGUUCAGGGUCCCCUCAACUUGGCCAUCAUGGUGCUUACCAUGUGAUGAACGGAAUGCUCGGACACACGCAUCCUGCCGUUCAAAUGCACCACAGCCCGUCGUACCCUCAAGUCGACCCGCAGUCCCCGGGCGGCGAAGAGGACGCGCCUACGUCAGAUGACCUCGAAGCGUUCGCCAAGCAGUUCAAACAAAGGCGUAUCAAGUUGGGUUUCACGCAGGCUGACGUUGGUUUGGCACUAGGAACGCUUUACGGUAACGUGUUUUCGCAGACGACAAUAUGUCGGUUCGAAGCGUUACAGCUGUCGUUCAAAAACAUGUGCAAGCUCAAGCCGCUUUUGCAAAAAUGGUUGGAAGAAGCGGACUCGACGACGGGCUCGCCGACCAGCAUCGACAAAAUCGCGGCACAAGGACGAAAGCGUAAAAAACGCACUAGCAUCGAAGUUUCGGUAAAAGGCGCGCUUGAACAGCACUUUCACAAGCAGCCAAAACCAUCAGCGCAGGAGAUUACCUCGCUGGCCGAUUCCCUACAGUUAGAAAAAGAAGUGGUCCGGGUGUGGUUCUGCAACCGGCGACAGAAAGAAAAACGCAUGACUCCGCCGAACACUCUCGGUGGACCCCAGGACGGUAUGAUGGACGGCGGCGGCGGCCCAAUGGGUCACGGAUUGCACCAGGGCUAUCAUCACCAGGAUCACAUGCACGGGUCACCGAUGGGACCGCACUCACAUUCGCAUAGUCCCCCUAUGCUGUCGCCCAUCGGCAACCACCAGUCACUGGCGGCACAUUAACGUUUCGCCCAGUGGGACGUUGAGUACUCUAGGCACCUGGCAAAAAUGCAGCAACAGCAGCAGCACCAGGAAUGCACGUAGUAGUACUUGUUUCUGUUUCGAACAACGUCUCGCUGAGGGCGAUUUUUCAUUUAUUGAGAAAAAAUUCGAUUUAAAAUUACGGCGGCGAAACAUCGCCGUCACCACCAACAUCAUCACCAUCACCGUCGUCGUCGUCGUCAUCAUCAUCAUUGGACACGAACGUGCUAAUAUCGACGAACGGACGAAAUCGUGUAAUACAAUGGCACUUAUUUAUAUUAUAUUUACACCGCAUUCAUACGAGAAAACUUCAAACUUAUUACACACUACAAACGAUGUCGGCUAUUCGCGGUACCUGACAACUAUACGAGAGAAGGGUGUGACACGGCGGCAGCAGCAGCAAGCGGGACGAGGACGGACGGACAAUGUUACGGACACGUUUUUCUGCGACGCUGACUAAUAGUUUUUGCAAGUGAACCUGGACGACGACGAUAACGGAACCUCUUCUAUCGCAUCGACUGUGAUACGUAUAUAGUUAUUAUUUUUACUUUUUAUUUGUUUGUUCAGUCCCUCGGAUAUCAUAAAAAAAUCCAGGUAUAUUAUUGAAAUAUAUAAAUAAAACAUAAUUAUUUUUAUUGGAAAAAAUAAACACACUUAUCGGCUUUUCAAUAAUAUUUUUUUAGUUUGUCCCGUUUUCGUAAAAUAAAACUAGUCACUCGAUAAAAAAAAUAAUAGAAAUCCGCGUGUACGGUGUAAACGAUCUCUUAUGAAAACAUUUCCGUAGCAUUCCGUUUGUCUUUUGAUUUAAUUUAUUAUUUUUGCCCCCCCCCCCCUCCAAA